ACACUCACAUUUUCAAGAUGGCUGCUUCCAUCUCAGGAUUAUUAAAACCUUGGACACCAAGAGUGUUCCUGGUGAGGUGGAACAGGUACAACCCGUACUAUCUGGAGCCCGAGAUCAGCAAGGAGGCGUACAGCACGCCGGAGACGGAGCUGAGCGCUGAGGAGAAGGAGCAGCGGGAGCUCAAAUCGAUCAGACCCAUCAAGGCAGCAACCAGCGGAGUGAGCAGCUCUGUUUUCAGCGACCCCGUCCUCAGUAAAUUCAUCAACAUGAUGAUGAAAGAUGGAGACAAGGUUUUGGCCAGAGAGAUCAUGACACAGACGCUGGAGAGCAUAAAGAGGAAACAGGUGGAGAAAUACCACAAAUCUCCAGAGGGACAGAAGGAAGAGGUCGAGUGUAACCCUUACGCAAUUUUUCACAAGGCUCUGGACAACUGUAAGCCCGUCGUCGGGCUCGCCAGCAUACAGAAAGGUGGAAAGUACUACCAGGUGCCCAUCCCUCUCACGGAAAACCGACGCCGCUUCCUUGCCAUGAAAUGGAUGAUCACGGAGUGCCGGGAAAACAAACAUCGACGCACGCACAUGUACGAAAAACUCUCCCAGGAACUGCUGGCAGCGUCUGUGAUGGAGGGCAACGUCAUCAAGAAAAAGUUCGAGCUGCACAAGAUGGCCGAAUCCAACAGAGCGUACGCUCACUACCGCUGGUGGUAAAAAAAAAAAAAAAACCCACUCAGGACUGAAAUUCAAGGACUGCACAAACAUGCUGGUCACAAAGAGUCACGAAAGAUUCACAUUUUGUCGUUCAAAGUGCUUCUGUAAAUAGUAAA